AUGACGUUCGCGCACGUCAAGGAAAAAAAUGAAGUACAUUUUUCACUAGGCGUCCACUCCUGUAUAAUGAUAAACACAUUUUUUGUACACACAUUCUUUGACCUCGUUGUAUCCACUGCGGGACUAUCUUUGUCAUGGACAACACCACGACGGAGGAUCGGAAUGUUCGCCUCUCGCUGCUAAGGCAACCUUAUUGCUAGCAAAACUUGCUAUAAGCGACCAAGGUAGCCGCUAAGCGCUAAGCUAUGCGUUAGCACAUUAGCCUCACCUUGCUAAAAGCACCGACAAAGCGACAAAGGUGACCAAUAUGUUCCUGAGCAUGCAAGAGUGACUCUACAAUUUAUUUGGACUCCUGUCAGGAACACUUUACAAGGAAAUCCCCCAAGCAUUCCACACAGUGAUCUGUCAAGAUUUCCCAUUAUGUUUUGCUGCACCUGAACCAUGUGAGGGUUUCUGCGUUGGAGUCUGGGGAAAAGACUGACCCUGUCCCUGAAAAGUGUGUUUCCCCACCCUGUUGUCCCCUUCGUCCCCUCCUACCCUGUCCACACAUUCCCCGUCUCCUCACCUUAAAAAAGGAGACGCGCCAUGAUGUUCAGAGACCAGGUAGGUAUCCUCACGGACUGGUUCAAGGGCUGGAACGAGUGCGAACAGACGGUGGCGCUGUUGUCCCUUCUCAAGAGGGUGUCCCGCACCCAGGCUCGCUUUUUACACAUAUGCCUUGAACACUGGUUGGCGGACUGCACAGAGAUUCAUAUCCUGGAAGCGGAGGCCAACAAUGCAGCCAUAGUCAACCAGUGGCACCAGGAGCCCAAGGAGAAAGUGGUGUCCUUGCUUUUGUCCCAUCUGCCUUUGCUGCAGCCACGCAACAGCGAGGCCAAAUGUGAGUACAUGAAGCUGCUGCAGAAGGUGUUGAGUCACACCAUUGAGAGUAGCUUGUUUGUGGAGGAGAGCAGACAGUUACUGUCCUACGCGCUCAUCCACCCCGCCACUACGCUGGAGGACCGCACGUCCCUGGCUAUGUGGCUCAACCACCUGGAGGAGCAUCUAUCCGGCGGCUUUGUGCCGUCUACACGGGCGCCGCCCAGCCCGUACCACCCACGUCAGGGCUCGGACGAGUGGCACAGCUCAGCCGAGACCCUGGAGCCCGGCCACGCUUGGCACGAAAAGUCCCCCUCAUCUAGCACGUCUCCUGCAGGCCAGAACGGGCACAUGGCUUUUCCGGGCGGAUUGUCCUCUCCUGUUAACAGCAACAACACAGGACUGAGCGGGCAGAUGCAGCCCAGCCCCAUGAAGAAGUCCGUCAUCCCCUCCAGUCCCCAAGCCUGUGGCUCAGAGUGGGUCAGUCAGGAUGACAUGAGUAGCCGGCAGAACUUCCUCCCGACAGACCAAGCGCCGCUUUCCCCGCAGAGCAGCGUGGCCUCCUCCGGUAGUGAGCAGACAGAAGAGCAGGGCUCAGCACGCAACACCUUCCAAGAGGACGGCAGUGGCAUGAAAGAUGUCCCCGCAUGGUUAAAAAGCCUCCGCCUUCACAAGUAUGCAUCGCUUUUCUCCCAAAUGACCUAUGAGGAGAUGAUGAUUCUUACGGAGCAUCAUCUGGAAUCUCAGAACGUCACCAAGGGAGCGCGGCAUAAAAUUGCCUUGAGCAUUCAAAAACUGCGUGAGCGGCAGAGUGUCCUCAAGUCUUUGGAAAAGGAUAUUUUGGAAGGAGGAAACCUUCGCAAUGCUCUGCAGGAGCUGCAGCAGAUCAUCAUCACGCCCAUCAAGGCUUACAGCACGUUGAUGCAGACCCUGCAAGAGCCGGCCAGCGCUCCUCCAGAAGCGACAAAGUCGGUGACGGAUAAAGACACGGCCCGCGAGGGAUUCCAUUCCCACAGCACACCCGCCUGCGAUGGAGACUCCUCGGCGACGCCCAUCUCGGACGGUGACAUUGCCGGACAGUUCACCCGAGUCAUGGGAAAAGUGUGCACACAGCUGCUCGUGUCCAGGCCAGAUGAGGAGAAUAUCAGCUGCUACCUUCAGCUCAUUGAGAAGUGUCUAAUACACGAGGCUUUCACAGAAACCCAUAAGAAACGGCUGGUUUCCUGGAAGCAGCAGGUCCUCAAACUGCUCCGCCUGGUCCCUCGUAAAGCCAUGCUGGACAUGCCCGUGUACCGACAGAAAGGCUGGGCCUACGGGUCCAACUCCCUCCCCACAGCGGGCUCUGUGAGCGGAGGCGUGGGCCGCCGGGGCCAGAGGCAGUUCCAAAUAACCCCCCGCGGACUCCAGGCGGGGCGCAUCGGUCUGCUGAGUCCCGGCGGAAUUGGCGGAGUCUCUCCCCGCCACUCUCUCACCAAUCCUGCGCUGGCAGGCCAGGGUCGUCAAAGUUUGUGGUUCGCCAACCCUGGGGGCAGUAACAGCAUGCCAAGUCAAAGUCGCAGCUCUGUGCAGCGGACACACUCGCUUCCUGUCCACACCUCGCCGCAAACCAUGCUCAUGUUCCAGCAGCAAGAUUGCCAAGUUCCAGGCGCUGACCUGGAGAUCAACCCUACGCUGGAGUCGCUGUGCCUCAGUAUGACGGAACACGCCUUAGGGGACGGAACUGACCGGACAUCGACGAUAUGAAAAGAAGACAACAGAAGAAAAAAAAUCCUCAUCACCCAGCACAAAGAAUUACGUACGCUCAAGCAAACCAGGCAAAGCAGAAGCAGUCACUACAUAAUGACAAAAAAACUGUGUACACGUUGUCGAAUAUUUUUGUACUUUAUUAUAUACAACUAAGUUUAUUAUUACACAAAAAAAUGGAAUACAGAUAAUUAUUAUAUUGUAGGACAGGGAGCAAGGUUGAUGCCAAUGUCAUUUGCAGGACUGUGACAUGGCGCAAUUUGAGCGAGCGAGAGAGCGCGAAAAGGAUUGGUGCUGUCUUCAAAACGGCCCUUUAUGAGUUCUCUUUCUUUUCCUUAUUCCCCGCAGACCUACGCUGCCUCGUGCGUGGAUCAGCCAGAAGUAAGGCACUUUUAUACAAACGGCACUAGACUGUAAUUGGCUUAAGAAGACACUUUUGAGACCCCGAAAGGCAUCUGAAAAGAUUCCCCACACUUUGUUCAAACAGCGACUAGUCUCCUGACUGUCCACUCCAGAUUACUGAGAGGACAAACAUUCAAUUUAAGAGCAGGCCUUGCCUUUUAUUCGAAGCGUUACACCCUAAAGACUCCUCCUCUCCACUAAAGCCAAAGAGAAGGGUUUUUUCAGUCCGUGUCUCACUCGGGAAGGAUUCCUGGCGACAGAAUGGUUUGACUUUAAAAAGCAGUCUGAGAUUGCUCGGCUGCACUUUGUUUCCGUUAUAUCCUUUUUUUCCCCCAACUAUCUCCCUACUGGCGUUAAUGAUGAUGAAUUAUCACGUUUUUACUGAGGAGCGAGGGUUGGCCGAGGGUUGCGCUAUUGCACAAGAGCUGAUUUGAAACAUGCUUCCUCUCCGGGGACCCCAAGUACAGGGUGUCCUCGGUUUUAGGACUGCCGUGGCAUAACACUAAAUUUCUAUUCAAGUCCAAACAUGCUGUGGUAUAUCAUGAACCUGCAGUAAAGCAGUAAGUUGUUGUCCGGAAACACUUCUCGGAACUAUAUUUAAAACGAUACGAUUAAAUGAAUCCAGUAAGUACAGUGCUAACUGAUUAUCGAGACAUUCUUACGCAGCAGUACAUGCUAGUUCGUAACAUCCAGUGUCAAAAUCCGAGGACCUCCUGGAUUGCUGUAACAUUCACAAGAUAAGAUAAGAUAACCUUUAUUUAUCCCACACUGGGGAAAUUUGCAAGUACUGUACAAAAGCAAAAUUGAUAGAGAAAUGCCUGAAUUCGUGAAACUCUUGACAAUCGGCCCUCCAAAUGAGACCCAUGGACCGACUUUGGCACCCUGAAGUGCACCCUCUAUCCUGACACGUGACGAUUUGAUGACUCAUGCGAUUCCAAGGUGCUCCAAGAUGUCCAUAUUUUUCCAUUACUGUCUGUGUUUCAGUAAGCCCUCAACAUUAUCACAUGGUAUCAGUGUUGAAUUGUUUAAAUAAUAGUAAAAAAUAAUAAAAAUAAUAAUAAUGAUGAAUAAAUAAACAAAAGAAGCGGUCUUCUAACCCCGGCGUCUGUCUUGGAAUGUGACAGGGCCGAGGUGCAUGUAGGCUUGAAUAUGGUCUCUCUUUUGCCUCACUUUGAUUGUUCGGUUGUUUUGUAAGGCAGCGAUUAUAACUAUUUUGUUUUUUAUUUUGUGGUGGCGCCCAUGGUAAAAAAAAAAAUAGAUGAUGAAACAGUGGAACCCUCAAAGUUGACUUCAAAGUUAUUCUACUUUUACGUUUUCCUCUUGGAAAUAAUGUCAAGUCAAUGAACGAGUUUCAAAGUCAAACUGUAAACAUAAUGACAUACUUUGAAUUAUUGGUGAUCAUAAAACAGUUCCCCGGUUAUUAGACUAGAGCCCAACCGGAUAUUUUGAGACCAAUUGCAAUGUUUGACGGAAUAAAAUUCUGAUAACUGAUUAAUAGUCCUAUUAAUUUUUAAAAUGUAUAGUGGUUGAAAUAACUUCUUUUUUGGGGGGGUGACCCUUAAUACUUACAACAUUGAAAAUAUGAAUUGCACGGAGAGCAUUCUACUGUUUUACGGAAGUCCUUUUGUAUUUGUUUAAACUUAACAGAAAAAAAUGUCUUUUUUUGCGGUGUUUGAUUGUUGAAAUCCUUGUUUUAUGUUGAAAUGUGUCGACAUGUUCACAAAUGGUUUUAAAAAUCGGCCGAUUUAAGCGCUAAUUCAAGCCGAUUAAUUGGAUGGGCAAAUAACACAAGAAGCAGGAAUUAUAAGACACUUCACACACACUUGUCUUGCUAAAAUUUGUUCAUUUGGCCAAAUUGUCCCUGUCUUAUAAUGCGAGCUAGCCGUCAUCUCACCCUGACUGCUGGUCCAACGGUGAGUCCAGACUUUGUGGUGAUGAUGCAACAAUUGGCUGCAUACGGAACACUGAAUCGAAUAAAAGCUAGUACAAACGGUGAAGCCCCCAGCAUGGGUUCUCUUUUCCCUCGUGAAGGCAGUACUUCAACAACAAGCUACCAUUUUAUACUUUUCAGUUACAAAUGCAGCAUACAGACUGCAAAUGAAUGCCGCUUGUGUCAAGUUACCACAGGCUGUAGUUUGCCCUCCCGCCCCCAUUUUCAGAAAUAGCCAAAUCACAAAAGGUUUAAGAUUUGUUAAACUUCAAUUAUGUGUGUACACCAUUCAAAAGUCACAGCAUCGAAAUAUGUCCCCCUUUUGAUAAUUGUAUGCAGUUUCGAGCUAUAAUCUCGGUUACACAUUUUUUUUACAUUCAAUAAAUUUCUGUUUGAUUGCUGUCUAAUGAAUGGUAUUUCUCCUAUUGUAUACUAAUCAGCUUGACAUCUGACCUAAAUUACAGAGCUAACUCAUUUGACAAAUUUGAAAUACCUUUUCAAAUUUAGAUGUAAUUAAUUCCCCUUUGGAGGUUCCACUGUAUACACAAACCUGUUUUUUUUUUUUUUAACUCCCUUGCGAUGGAUAACUUAUGCUUACUUUCUAUAAUCGCAUGUGUGGCAAUGCAGCACUGUUGUAGAUAAGAGAAUGACAUGGUGAGCGGGCAUCUUGCAACUAAAGUUGUGUCUGUGUGUUUAUAACGCCUGUUUACAUCUUUCUAAGAUGAUGCCCACAUCAUGUUAUGAGAAAACAAAGCAAAAACAACCUCCCCUUUUUGGGGGGGUUUCUGCGGAUCCGUAACAUGUUGGCUUCAUGGUGUCGAGUUAUAUUGCAGUCAUGGGUUUUCUUCAGAGCAGGCUCUUGGAUACAUCUGACUUAAUGAAAAAAAAUGCAUCACACUCGUGCCGGACAAAGACCUCAACAAAGACAGCUGACGUUUUUAGGGCUUGUGUUACAUAUUGCUCAGAUUGUGCUUUUCAGAAGCGAAGCACUGCAGUAGAGUACGGUACAGUGGAUGUGCGGAAAUAAUGAUGCUGCAACAGGGCAUGAUAUGCUUUUCUGAGCCAUGAUUGAUGAGUAAUCUGUAAAACACUACACAACAAUUCAAGGCCAAGGAGUGCAGUACUCCAUGUUUACAUUCCAGUGAUGCACUUCCAAGUUGUUUCUUUUCUAGAACAGGGGUCGGGGGACCUGUGGCCAAAUGCUUAUGAUACACAUGUACAAAAAGUUCAGGAUGAACCGAAAAUGCACUAUAAACUUACAGGUCUACUUGAUUUGACCUCUAAAAUUUGGUGUAUUGGUUUCUAACUGGCUGUACGUUUGCCUAAAUACUGCAGACGCGCAGGGUUUGAUUCCUGUGUGGCGGUUGCAUGUUCUCCCCGUGCCUGUGUGGCUUUUCUCCGGGUACUCCGGUGUCCUCCCACAUUCCCAAAACAUGCAGCACAGGUUAAUGGAACACUGUAAAUUGUCCCUAGGUGUUAUUGUGAGUGUGAAUGGUUGUUUGUCUAUGCGUGCCCGAUUGACUGGCAAGCAAUUCAGGGUGUAUCCCGCCUACUGCCCAAAGACAGUUGCGAUAGGCUCCAACAUGCCCGUGACCCUUGUGAGAUGAUGGAUGGAUUUGUAACUGCUCUGUGUUUUUGUGCUUUAUUUAUUAGUUUUAUUCAUCGAUCCAUUUUCUAAACCACUUAUCCUCCUGGAGGUGCUGGAGCCUGUCCCAGCUGUCUUCGGGAAGUUGGCUCGGUGCACCAUUGAUGAACAACCAUUCAUGCUCACGCUCACACCAAGGGACAAUUUAAACUGUUCAAUUGACCUACGGUGCAUGUUUUUGGAAGGUGGGAGGAAACCGGAGUACCCGGAGAAAACCCAUGCCGGCAUCGGGAGAACAUACAAACUACACAGAGGAAGGCUGGAGCCGGAAUCAAACCUGGCACCUCUGUACUGUGAGGCGGACGUGCUAACCAGUUGCUUACCAUGCCGCCACUUUUCGUUUUGUCUAGUUUUGGGGGUGACGUUUGCUGUUCAGCUUCUUGUUAGAGAACAGCAAUCUGUCAAAAAGCAUUGAAAUGACAGACAGUGAACAGUUGGCUCUUUCAAAAGUUUAGAAGGGGUCGAAUGAAGACAUACUGCAUUUGAGCUUCAUCCUGAAAUUUCACCAAAACGCUGAAAAACUUCAGUAGUGUAAAUGAUGCACAUCAGUCGGCACAUAUUUUUGCAUUGAGAAAGGCCUCAGAGGACCACAACGGUCCUCCCAUCCCUGCACUAGUUCUCACAUUCACAUUGAAAUCUUCGAUGUCCCUGCCAAGCUUGAUUGAUUAACGCAACCGAGCUGUUGGUUUUGUCUUAACACAAUUUAUACUUAAUUCUAAAGACUUCCCAGACUUUUUCUAAUGCUUUUUGAAAUGCUGUGCAUCCCGUGCUUGCUUUUGUUAUUUGUUGUUUUGUUUGUUUGUUUUUUUAAAAACUGUAAGUCCUAUUUGUGAAUGGUCUGAAGUGCAGCAUCCGUCGGCUCAAUGGCAGUCCAAAUAAAGAGGUUCAGUUUUUGCAACGGAA